UCGAAUGAUGGCAGCCCUAGUGAUUGAGCUAGACUCGGGAAAAAUACAGGGAAUUAGGGAGAAUAAUGUAAAUGGAGGGACUUUUAUUGCAUUCAAGGAGAUCCCUUAUCCCAAAGCUCCAAUUGGAAAUCUUCGAUUUCGGGUGCUCACAGCAUUACGAUUUUUUGCGACUGGUAGCUAUCAACUGGAUAUUGGGUUAAGCCGAUAUUCGGCAAUCAGUCAGCCAUCAGUGAGUAGAUGCAUUCACACAGUCGUCAACGUUUUGAAUCGUGACGAAAUCUUCGGGGAAUAUGUUAGAUUCUACAGGAAUAUUGAUGAAGUUCGAAGAUCUCGUGAUAGAUUCCUCCGCCGAUUUAAUUUCCCUCACGCAAUUGGAUGUAUUGAUGGCACUCAUGUCGCAAUCGUUCCUCCUGCCAUUAAUCACCCAAUUCACCCUGAAAACAUCUACGUGAAUCGUAAAGGAUAUCAUUCCUUGAAUGUCCAAUUGAUUUGUGAUGCUGAUUUUAAAAUCUUAAAUGUCAACGCCAGGUAUCCAGGAAGUGCAAAUGAUUGUGCCAUCUGGAACGAUAGCAACAUUCAACCGUUGAUGCGCAGAUUGCACAAUUAUAAUGGUGAACGAUUCUAUUUGUUAGGCGACGCAGGAUAUCCCUUGCGUCCAUGGCUUAUGACGCCCUUUAAAGAUCCAUUGGAUGAUUCGCCUGAAGCAGCCUUCAAUAGAGUAUUUUGCUGUGCAAGAUCCAUCAUUGAACGUGUCAACGGGAUUCUAAAAAUGAGAUUCCGUUGUCUACUUAAACAUCGUGUUCUUCAUUACGAUCCAACCACUGCUGCAAAAAUUACGAACACCUGUGCCAUUCUCCACAACAUGGCGAUCAUGGACGGAUUCCUAUUUCCUGCAGGAGAAGAUGAUCCGUAUGUGAACAACCAAGAUUAUGGACUAAUUAAUGAUGCAGAACUGGAUGAGGUCAAUGUGCAUAUAGCACGUGUGAAUCCAGAAUUAGCGGCAGGUCGGAAUCUUCGUCAACGCAUUGUCAGAGACUGGUUCAUCUAGGGACUACACUGUUAGAAAAAAAAUGAAAUUUCAUAGACAGUUGACUACUAAUUUUCAGAACAGUCACACUAAAUGCGAUUUAGGGGGAAAAAAAAUUAUAAAAUUUCACGUUUCACUGAAUCUUCAAGGAAAUUCCACAAUUUUAAAUACAGACGAGAAUUCCUCAAUUUAUUUGAAUUUUCAAUGAAACAGGAAUAUUCAUUGCCCCAUUAUACUGAAUUUUACAAAAAUUCAAAAUUCAAGAAUAUAUUCACUGGAAUUUUAUUGUUUCUAUUAAUUUUUAGGGAAUGAAAUAACUGAAAUUCACAGUUCUUAUGAUUUUUUCUGCGAAAUUCUGAAUUUUCAAGGACGAAAUUCCUUGUAAUUUCAGUGGACCUUAAAUAUGAUAGAAAUUUUCGAAGUGUACCGGAAAUUCCAGACAAAAUAUUUCAACAGUGUUAAAAAAGAAGUUUGAUUAAACUAACAAACCACUGAACACAUAAUUCACACCUGAAAUUUAUUUUGCCCAGUUGUGAAGCGGUAGAAUAAAAUGAAUCAAUUUCGCUUCACAAUCAGCAUUUUUGAGUAAAUCUGAGAUUUUGAGAGAUAUAGGAAAAUUUUCAUGGCGAUUUUUUUAUUCAGAGCUUUGAGGAUAACAAAAGAAGUCCUUAUAAAGAUUACGCUACCUCCCUCAUCAGAUUCAGAAAUAUCUGUCGACACUGAACCUCACAUUGAGUGGAGUCAUUUAUGCUUCCCUGUACACAACUGAAUCGAUUUAUGGGAUUAUUCUAAAGAGAGAAAUAUGAGAAAAAUGAAUGACAAAUGUUGAGCAAUUUAUCAAAAUAUUUUUGGUUUUAUUAAAACUUUUUUAU